GCCGUCGGCUGCGGAGAGGUAUCGGCCGGGGAGGACUCUCUUGUUCGCCAUGAGGCCCACCAAAGUGGUGCCGUGGCGGCGGCUGGUUGGGGUCUCCUUUGGGAUGUACACGGCCGAGGAGAUCAGGAAACUGAGUGUGAAACAGAUCACCAAUGCUCAGUAUUUGGACAGUGUGGGGAAUCCAGCUGCUAACGGGCUGUACGACCUGGCUUUGGGCCCUCCCAACUCCAGAGAAGUGUGUGCAACCUGCAUGCAGAGCUUCAGCAACUGCCCCGGGCAUUUUGGCCACAUAGAGCUGCCACUGACUGUCUACAAUCCUCUCUUCUUUGAUAAAUUGUUCCUCCUGAUCCGAGGCUCCUGUUUGAACUGCCACAUGCUGACCUGCACCCGAGCUGUGGUGCACCUGCUGCUGAGCCAGCUGAAGGUUCUGGAGAAGGGCUUGCUUCAUGCUGUCCACGAUCUGGAGGUCAUUCUGAACAGGUUUUUAGAGCAGUGUGCAGAUGCAACGAGCUCAGAAAUCGAAGAAGAGUUAAAUCAGCACGUUCAGGAAAUGCUGGAGAGCCACCAGCUAAGGGAUCAGUGCUCAAAUGUCAAAAAUGUUUGUGAGUGUAGGAAUAAACUGAUAGCAGAGUUCUGGAAAACACACAUGAGUUCCAAGAAAUGCCCACACUGCAAAUCCAGGAGAUCCUUGGUGCGGAAGGAGCACAACAGCAAGCUGACAGUGACCUACCCCUCUGCAGUCUACUCCAAGGCAGGGGACAAAGGCCUGGAUGAGCCUGCAGCUCUUGAUGACAGCCAGCUGGGGAAGAGAGGCUACCUGACCCCCAUCACUGCCAAGCAGUACAUCAUGGCUCUGUGGAAGAAUGAAGGUUUCUUUUUGCGCUAUCUCUUCCCUGGGAUGGAUCCCCAGGAGAGUUCAGGAUUCAGUCCAGACAUGUUCUUUUUAGAUCUACUUGUGGUUCCACCCUCAAGGUACCGGCCCAUGAACCGCCUGGGGGAGCGGCUGUUCACCAACGGCCAGACCGUCAACCUGCUGGCCGUGCUCAGGGACGCCCAGCUGCUGCAGAGGCUGCUGCUGUGCAUGGCCAGAGAGCAGUGCCAGCCGCUGAAGCUCCCGCAGGAGGUACAGGCGAAGGCCGGAGAGAGCGGUGAGGCUCUGGACCGUUCCGUCCUGGCGACGAUUCCAGGCCAGAGCCUUGCGGAUAAGCUGUACAACGCCUGGAUUCGGCUCCAGAGCCACGUCAACAUCGUGUUUGACAGUGACAUGGACAAGCUGGCGACGGAGAAGUACCCUGGCAUCCGGCAGCUGCUGGAGAAGAAGGAGGGACUGUUCCGCAAGCACAUGAUGGGCAAGCGCGUGGACUUCGCCGCCCGCUCUGUCAUCUGCCCCGACAUGUACAUUGGCACCAACGAGAUUGGCAUCCCCAUGGUAUUUGCUACCAAACUGACUUACCCUCAGCCAGUCACCCCCUGGAAUGUCAAAGAGCUGAGGCAGGCUGUCAUCAAUGGCCCAAAGGCUCACCCUGGGGCCUCCAUGGUCAUCAAUGAAGAUGGAUCUCGCACAGUGCUGAGCGCCACCAGCCUGACCCAGAGGGAAGCCAUAGCUAAGCAGCUCCUCACUCCUUCCUCAGGUGCUGCCCAGUCAGGCCUGAAGAUUGUGUGUCGGCACAUCCGGAACGGGGACGUGCUGCUGCUGAACCGGCAGCCCACGCUGCACAGGCCCUCCAUCCAGGCGCACCGUGCCCGCAUCCUGCCCGGGGAGAAGGUGCUGCGGCUGCACUACGCCAACUGCAAGGCCUACAAUGCCGACUUCGACGGCGAUGAGAUGAACGCCCACUUCCCCCAGAGCGAGCUGGGCAGGGCAGAAGCCUACACCUUGGCCUGCACUGAUGAGCAGUAUCUGGUUCCAAAGGACGGGAAGCCACUUCCCGGCUUGAUCCAGGACCACAUGAUUUCUGGGGUCAGCAUGACCAUCCGGGGCUGCUGCUUCACCAGGGAGCAGUACAUGGAGCUGGUUUACAGAGGGCUCACAGACAAGACAGGAAGAAUUAAAACCUUUCCUCCAGCCAUCAUGAAACCACAGCGCUUGUGGACAGGAAAGCAGGUUGUCUCCACCUUGUUAAUUAACAUCAUCCCAGAAGACCAGAUCCCGCUGAAUUUGACUGGGAAGGCUAAGAUUGGGGGAAGAGCCUGGGUAAAGGGACCUGCAAACAAAUGUCUGAAGCUGGACUCCAUGUGUGAAUCUCAGGUUGUUAUUAGAAAUGGGGAGUUGCUGUGUGGAGUCCUGGACAAAGCUCACUUUGGCAGCUCUGCCUACGGCCUGGUCCACUGCUGCUAUGAGAUCUAUGGGGGUGCCACCAGCGGGAAGGUGCUGACGUGCCUGGGCCGGCUCUUCACUGCCUACCUGCAGCUCUACAGGGGUUUCACACUGGGGAUUGAAGAUAUCUUGGUUAAGCCUGAAGCAGAUGAGAAAAGAGACAAAAUCAUUGAGCGGUCACGGCAGGGUGGUGUUGGGGCUGUUAGAGCUGCUCUUAAUUUGCCAGAAGCAGCUUUGUGUGAGGAGGUGCAGGGGAAAUGGCAGGAUGCCCAUCUCUGCAAAGACCAGAGGGACUUCAACAUGGUUGAUCUGAAGUUCAAGGAGGAAGUGAACAGUUACAACAAUGAAGUUAACAAGGUUUGCAUGCCCCAUGGCCUCCACAGGAGCUUUCCAGAGAACAACUUGCAGCUGAUGGUGCAGUCAGGCGCCAAAGGAUCCACUGUGAACACAAUGCAGAUUUCCUGUUUGCUGGGCCAGAUCGAGUUGGAAGGCCGCAGGCCCCCACUGAUGGCAUCUGGCAAAUCGCUGCCCUGCUUCCAGCCUUACGACUUCUCCCCUAGCUCAGGAGGGUUUGUGACUGGCAGGUUCCUCACUGGGAUCAAACCUUCUGAGUUCUUCUUCCACUGCAUGGCUGGCAGGGAAGGUCUUGUGGAUACAGCUGUCAAAACCAGCCGGUCUGGCUACCUGCAGAGGUGCAUCAUCAAACAUUUGGAAGGGCUGGUGGUUCAGUAUGACCUGACCGUACGAGACAGUGAUGGCAGUGUGGUGCAGUUCCUGUAUGGAGAGGAUGGGCUUGACAUCCCUAAAACCCAGUUCCUACAGCCUGAGCAGUUUCCUUUCAUUGCAGACAACUAUGAGGUAAUCCAGAAGACAAACCAUCUGGAUGAAGCUUUAGCAAGGAUGGAGUCUCACCGAGCUAACCAGCAGUUCAAAGCCAUCAAGAAGUGGCAAGCCAGGCACCAAAACUCUGGGCAAAGACAAGGAGGCUUCCUCACCUUUUCCCAGAAGAAACUGGCAAGUGUGAAAGCACAGAUUCCAGAAGGAGAAAUCAAAAAUGGGAGAGAUCCAGUGACCUUGCAGUUGCUGAAGAUGUGGUAUGAGUUAGAUGAGAAGAAACGAAGUAAGUACCUGAAGAAGGCAGCCAGGUGUCCCGACCCAAGCCUUGGGCUCUGGCGUCCGGACACUCACUUUGCAUCUGUGUCAGAGACCUUUGAGAAGGGAGUUGCAGAUUAUGUCAGCAAGUGGGAAUCUGAAGGCAAACGAAGCUGUGUGCACCCAGCACUUCCUUCAUACAGGCUGAAGGACUUGCUGUAUUUGAAGUGGCAGCGAUCUCUUUGUGACCCAGGAGAAGCUGUGGGGCUUCUUGCAGCUCAGAGCAUUGGGGAGCCUUCCACCCAGAUGACUCUGAACACCUUUCAUUUUGCUGGCAGAGGUGAAAUGAAUGUCACACUGGGUAUCCCAAGGCUGAGGGAAAUACUGCUGGUGGCUGGUGCCAACAUCAAAACACCAACCAUGAGUGUUCCUGUGUUCAAUACCAAGAAAGCUCUCAAGAAGGUGAAGCAGCUCAAGAAACAGCUCACAAGGGUGUGCUUAGCUGAGGUCCUGCAGAAGGUGGAGAUCGAGGAGUCGCUGCGCAUGCAGUGCGAGCAGGACCGGCAUCGCCUCUGCAAGGUCCGCUUCCACUUCCUGCCCCACCACUGCUACCGCGAGGAGAAGAGUGUGAAGCCCAGGCAGAUCUUGCACUUCAUGGAGACAAGGUUCUUUAAGUUGCUUCUGGAUGCAAUUAAAAAGAAGAGUGCCAAGAUGGAAUCUUUUACUGCAGUCAGUGCUUGGAGGGCAACUCACAAAGAUGUAGACAGUGACCAAGACAAGAGCCUUCAUGAAGCUCCAGCAGAGGAAGAGGAGAACAUUGUUGAUGCAGAUCCUGAUGAAGGGGAUGGUGAUGCUACAGAAGCCAAACGGAGGAAGAAGCAGGAAGAGGAGGUUGAUUAUGAGAGUGAAGAAGAGAAAGAAGAAGAAAACAUGGAUGAGAAUCUGGAAGGUGAAGAGGCUGAGUCGGAAGAAGAAGAGCGGCCUCCUGGAGCCGAGGAUGAGAGCGCGGCGGCUGGCGCGGCGUGGCUCCUGCCCCCGGCGUCUCAGGCCAGAAGGGAGAGAGGUCGCUGGGCUCAGUCUGCAGAGCUGCGAGUGAAUGCUGUGCUGGAGAGCCACCCCUCCAUCCAGGGCUACAGCUUUGACACUGAGAAUGACCUGUGGUGCGAGGUCUCCCUGAGACUGCCCCUGCUGAAGGUGUACUUCGACCUGAGCUCGCUGCUGGCCUCGCUGGCGCGGAGCACCGUGAUUCACGAAGUGAAGGGCAUCACACGCUGCCUGCUGCAGGAGGGCACCGCCCGGCACGGAGGGAAGGAGCUGGUCCUCCACACAGAGGGCAUCAACCUCUCCGAGCUCUUCAGAUACUCUGAUAUUUUAGACCUCAACAGACUGUACUCCAAUGAUAUCCAUGCCAUGGCCAAGAACUAUGGGAUUGAGACUGCCCUGAGGGUGAUCAUAAAGGAAAUUAAGGAUGUGUUUGCUGUGUAUGGCAUCGCGGUGGACCCGCGGCACCUCUCGCUGGUGGCCGAUUACAUGUGCUUCGAGGGCUGCUACCGCCCCCUCAGCCGCCUCGGCAUCCAGUCCAGCGCCUCCCCCCUGCAGCAGAUGACCUUUGAAACCAGCUACAAGUUCCUGAAGGAGGCGACAAUGAUGGGAGCCCAUGAUGAACUGAGAUCCCCUUCUGCUUGCCUGGUGGUUGGAAAGGUGGUUAAAGGAGGCACUGGCUUGUUUGACCUGAAGCAGCCCCUCAGGUAGAGCUCUGGGUGCAACUGCAGGGCUCUGGCUGCAGCGCUCAUCACGAGAUGCCUGUGCUCUGCAGCUCUGCAGCAGGGGCACACACUGUGUCCCCUUCCUUCAGCCCACAGCUUUGUCCAUCUGCACACUUGGUAGGCCUCAUGGAUCUGCUGGGACUGCCUGCACCUGCAGGAGCUGUGCUGCAGCCCAGAGCAGCAUUUGUCUACUGUUCAUUAAUGUAAAAAAAGAGAUUUUUUAUUUCCAGAGGAGAGAAGAGGAAAGGAGCAGAUCAAGGAGAGCCCCUGGGGCUCAGACAGGCUGUGCAGCAACUGCAGCAGAAUCUCUUUGUGUGUCUGAGCUCUGUGGGGCAGAACCCCACCCAGCUGGGCAGUGCCAGCUGCCACACCAUUGUUAGGUGACAAAUCUGUACUGAACUGGCAGCCAGAGCCCAGGGCUGUAGCUGGGCAGCACUGUGCUGAACUUCUGUCAGUGCCUGAGGCACAGCUGCUGCUGCUGCUGCUGCUGCUGCACCUGGGGGUGCUGCUGUGGCUUCAGAACUGCAUUUGCCUGUCCUGCUGCAUCAGUGAUUAACAGUGAUGUGUCUGUGAGACAACUGAGACAUUUCUUCACCAGCCAGUGCUGGAAUCCAGAGUUUCCCUGGUUUCUGCAGGCACUUUGCAGUGCCUGUGGGACAGGUCUCUGGCAUCUGCUAACCAGUCAUUCCUGAAGUGGCAACAUCAGCUGCUGGGAGAGUGGCUACACAAGAGCCUCCUGCUGCAAUCACUAAAGCAGAUUUGCCAACUCUUUUUGCUUACCUUUGCUAUAUCAAAGAGGAUAUUUAAUAAAGGACACUGCAGAGACACUCUUGAGGCCUUGCUGUG